AUGCCUCUGGAUGACGAUUAUCAGAAUCUGUCCACGACUGAGAAGAUCCAUAUUGCCUGCGCAAAUGGUUCUCUGGUUGAACUAGAAACAAUUUUAAAUUCAAUUCAGUCAAGUGAACUCGAUCGUCAUUUGAAUCAUUGUACCUAUGGUACAACAGGAGACUCAACUCCGCUAAUGGCUGCAUCGGUUAAUGGACAAGAGUCAAUCGUACGUUUUCUACUGGAAAAAUAUGGUAACCAUAUACAGAUUGAUAAAGAGAGAAUAAUUUUUGCCGAAAACGCUUUUGAUCAUAGCGAUUAUUUUUAUUGUAACCAGACUGCUCUUUGUCUUGCUACUGAAUACAAACAUCUUGAUAUUGUUCGUACACUCGUAUCGUUGGGUAAACUCAAUGUUAAUCAUCGUGCAAUCUUAGAGUGGCAGAUAAAGUGUACAACAUUAUACCUGGCAUGUAAAAAUGAACAAUUGGAGAUGGUGAAAUAUCUCAUAGAGAACGGAGCUGAUAUAUACAAUGUAGAUACAAACGAAUCAACAGCUCUGAUGAUUGCAUGUAAAUAUAAGCACGAUGAACUAGUAGAAUAUUUGCUAAGCUUAGACGAUGCCACUCAUACUCUUUUAAAUGCAGUAGAUAAAUGUGGAUCGACUGCAUUACAUGUAGCAGCUUCUGUGGGAUCUUUGAAUAUUGUUCGAUUAUUGUUGGAAAAGUAUCAAGCAAAAAUUGUCAAGAACAAUGAAGCACGAACUGCGUUCACAAUGGCUGAUAUAUCGAAUCACAUAGAUAUUGUAAAAUAUUUUAUUGAAAAUGAGAACGAAUGUUGGUAUACAAUUUUACGGUGUAUCGAUGAGCUAGAGCUAAUAGGGUCUUUGACGUCAAAGUAG